GAGGUGAGAAUCGUUGUAGCUCUCCUCAUCACGUUUCGUCUGUCUCUCUUCUAUUUGCGCAAUAGGACGGACACCAGAUACCCCGUUAUUGUGUUUUGGACCUCUCCAAAACGCGAGUCGUUAUUUUUUUCCAACUCUUUAUACGGUUUUGGUGCGCUCGAUGGCUCGCACUGCUGACUGUGGCUCGUGACUAACAGAACACCUGCACGGAAUCAGACCGACGUUACUUGCGGCAUCGCUCUACAUUCCUGAGGACUUGACAGAGACAUCAGGGCGGCUCACGGUCACCUCCUCCUAAAAGGUCCAGGAUGCUGGGUGCGGUGGUCCCUGUCUGUGGACUGCAGGCUCUGCUGGCGGCCCUCCUGCUCUCUCUGGGCUAUGGCCUGGUGUGGUCAGACCCGGUGGUGAACAUGAGGAAGGUGACCCACCAGAGGGUGAGGGAGCAGCUGGCCAACACCGUCCUGCUGCCCUGUGUCUUCACCCUGCGCCCCACCCCUACCCACGAGCCCCCCCGCAUCAAGUGGACCAAGGUGUGGGGCCAGAGGGGCGACGAUGGUCGGCAGAGGGAACAGUCCAUCCUGGUCGCCAAGUACAACGUGGUCAAGGUUAAGAAGGCUUUCCAGGGGCGUGUCACCCUGCCCGGUUACCAGGACAACCGCUACAACGCCAGCCUGGCGCUCAGCGGUCUGCGCUCCAGUGACUCGGGCAUGUACCGCUGUGAGGUGGUGGUGGGCAUCAACGACGAACAGGACACCGUGCCCCUGGAGGUUACAGGUGUGUUGUUCCACUACCGUGCCCCCCACGACCGCUACGCCCUGUCCUUCCCCGACGCUCAGCGGGUGUGUCUGGAGAACUCGGCUGUCAUCGCCACGCCUGCUCAGCUCCAGGCCACCUUUGCCGACGGGUAUGACAACUGUGAUGCCGGCUGGCUCUCUGACCAGAGCGUGAGGUACCCUAUCCAGUCUCCCAGGCCUGGUUGCUAUGGCGACAGGCAGGACUCACCUGGAGUGCGCAACUACGGCAAUCGGGCCCCUGACGAGCUGUUUGAUGUCUACUGCUUUUCCAAGCAACUGCAAGGUGAGGUGUUCCACUUGUCUGUACCAGAGAAGCUGAGCCUGGCCACAGCCUCUACCCACUGCCACGCUCUAAAUGCUCAGCUGGCCACGGCAGGGCAGCUCUACCUAGCUUGGCAGGCCGGCCUGGACCAGUGUGACCCAGGCUGGCUGGCUGACGGCAGCGUGCGCUACCCCAUAAACCUUCCCCGGCGCAACUGUGGCGGGGAUGAUCCGGGGGUGCGCACUGUCUACCACAACCCCAACCGCACCGGUUUCCCAGUAACUACCACCCGCUUCGACGCCUACUGCUACCGAGAACGUGAUGCAGGAGUCCAGGCAGCCCAGCCAGGGUACCUCCAAUACAGAGAGCCAGAGAACAACUCAUCAGACACUGAGCCCCAGCGCUCUGACCCCUUCCCCAAACCCUCCACCUGGACUGGCAUCGUGGACCUGGACAAGGAGGGAAUCAGCUCCAUCGCUAGAGGCAACGAGUCCUCUGAGAUCUCAGAGGAGCACGUGGUAAUACACCUCCAGCCAGGGGAGGGUACCCAGCGCUGGGGAGAGGAGAACCAGGAGACCCAGGACCGAUCCAAAACUGGAGCCCCUCAGGACGCCUCCUCCAGCCCUAAGACCAAGACCAGUACCUUGAGUCUGUCUGCCCUGGAGAGUCUGGAGACCCACGGAGGUUCUGCCCAGGAGGAGGUGGAGGGUGAGGGGGAAGUGGAGGGGCGUUUCGGGUCGUCCGACUCCACUCUUUCCUACCAGACCUCUCCAACGCUCCAGGCUCAGACUGCCAAUAGCGUUCUCCACAGCUUCGUCAACAACCUGAUGAAGCCCUUCAAGUAUUGGACAGGCUCUGUGGAGACCGACACGGAGGCCCCUCCCCCAGCCACACCUGCCUCACUGCCCGAGGGGACAUUAGCUGUGGCAGACCAGGAACCCCCAGGGUCGGCUAAGGUCAACCCCACUGAAGGGAGGCCCAAUCUUGGCAGCACUGACAGCGGCGUCAUGGAGCAUCGGAGCGGAGGCUCCUCGCUCAAGACAUCCACCGGUGGGCUCACCAGCUCAGAGGACGGUCUGACUGAGCAGGGGAAAGAUGUGGUCCCAUUUGGCCCUGUGAUCCUGUACACACAACCAGGGAGGGAUCCAAGCACAUCCCUAACCAACCCUUCAGACUCCUCCUCUAAUGGAUUCACAGAACUGGGGCCCGGUGGUAGUAGCAAGACUGUGGAGGCUUUGAAUGUAUCAGGAGGCCCCCACCAUGGCACCAGGUAUGAGCUGGCUUCAUCCCCAGGGGCCCCGGCACAAGCCACAGGCAGCCAGCUGAGAUGGGCCCUCAAGGCCAUGAAGGGUUCUAAGCUUGUGCCGGAGGGACACAUGGCGUACGUGGGGAAGGAUUCCACCUGGGAGCCAAUGGAGGCCAAAGCAGGGCCCCUCGAGGUCAUGACCCUGCCAACCAACCCAGAGAACUACUCUGGCGAGGGGAGGGACCAGGAUGAGGACCACAGCAUCCCACAUGACGUCCUAGAAAGAGAGGAGGGGGAUAAAGAGACAGAGACAGAGGGAAGCGGGAGAGGAGUGAACGACUUACCAAGAGGCUUUGGAUCUAACGGUAACAGCAAUCCAGCCAGCGGUGCCAGCAGCAGCACAAAGCCUCCUGUGUCUGGACUGAAACCCACCCAGACCCAAACCCAGAGCCAGACAGUAGCAGAGCACACCACUAUCUCCCAGUGGCAGCUGGUGGACCAGCCCACCACCUCACCUGCAGCUGCUGCUUCUGCUGCAGGCUCCAGCCAGGGCCCAGGGGGAACCGUUGAGGAGGCCAGGGGAGAGAUUGUCUAUGUCCGACGCCCCACUGAGAAACUGCUUCCAGCCACCUCCAGUAAGAAAGGUGGCUUCUCCCCUGUGAUCAGGAAGCAGAACCUGAACACAACCAGAGUGACUGAGAGACAACGCAGCCUAGAUGAGGCCACCACACCUGGGGUUACCUCCAGACCUGCAGCCCCUAUGGAGCCCCUGACCACCAUCAUAACCUCCACUGCAGACACCCAGAGAACAGAUUCCACCAGGGAGCCCCCUAUCUCCAUCAUAUGGGUUCCGGUGGAGAGGGAGAAGACAUUCAGUACCACACCUCUGACCAGAGAUGGGCCACAAACGGCCACAGCUUCCACUCAGUUGACCACGCCACUGUCCAUUCUGAAGAGCAGCGAUCGUGAGGCCGAGUCCAGGUUGGCCGUUUCAGAGUCGUUCGUGGUGGGAAAAGGGUGGAAGCCUUUGGGAGGGAGGAACCCCAAAUCUAAGGAGGACAAAACCCUUGUGACCACAGAGAAGACAGAGAAGAACCCCUUUGGUGUCAUUGUGCCCACCUGGGGCUAUGACCUCAACCCUUCAGCUGAAGACAACCCGUGCCAGACCAACCCCUGUCUGCAUGGAGGCAGCUGCCUGCCGGAGGGCGACGGCUACAGCUGCUACUGCCCCCAGGGCUACUCUGGAGAGAGCUGCGAGAUCGACAUCGACGACUGCCAGUCCAACCCGUGUCAGAACGGAGGCACCUGCAUCGAUGAGAUCAACUCCUUCGUGUGCCUGUGUCUGCCCAGCUACGGUGGAGCCACGUGUGAGAAAGACACAGAGGGCUGUGAACACACAUGGAGGAAGUUCCAUGGCCACUGCUACAGGUACUUCAGCCGCAGACACACCUGGGAGGACGCAGAGAAGGACUGCAGGGAGCACAGCGGACACCUGGCCAGCAUACACACACUCCAGGAGCAGGACUUCAUCAACGGUCUGAGUCAUGACAACACCUGGAUCGGACUGAACGACAGAACAGUGGAAGAGGAUUUCCAGUGGACUGACAACAUGGACCUGCAAUAUGAGAACUGGCGGGAGAACCAGCCGGACAACUUCUUUGCGGGUGGAGAGGACUGUGUGGUGAUGAUCGCCCAUGAGAACGGCAAGUGGAACGACGUGCCCUGCAAUUACAACCUGCCCUACGUCUGCAAGAAGGGAACAGUGCUGUGUGUCAACCCUCCCACCGUGAAGAACGCCUUUCUGAUUGGCCGUAAGCGGUCCCACUAUGACAUCCACUCUGUGGUGCGUUACCAGUGUGCCGACGGGUUUCUCCAACGCCACGUCCCCACGGCCAAGUGUCGUGCCAACGGCAAAUGGGAGCGGCCGAAAAUCAUCUGCACUAUGACCCGGGGAGCACAGCGCUACAGGCGGCACCAUGACCAUCACAACGGCCGACGGGAGCGCAGAAAGCACAAGAAGCACGGCCAUGGACACGGAGAGGGGGGGCACCACGGAGGGGAUCAGGGCCACAGGCAUGGGCACGGGCAGGGGAACGCUCAUGCCCACAUCUGAACCAAAAACGGCCACUGCCCGAACCUCGCCUCGCUGCCCAGUCUCCCUCCUCUACCCCUCUCUACCCCCUCUCCUGCCCUGUUCCUGACCCCACAACCUGGCUCCCAGAGCCAGCCUGUAUCAUACUCAACUCUGAGGCCUGACAGCCGACUGCUUGGCCUCACUGAGACAAUAACAAUCGCUUUGUACUCUUCUUUACUUUCACUGCUUUUCUUUUCUGUCUCCCUCCCUCCCUCCUCCCCCUCCCUCCCCCCUUUCUUUUCUGUCUCCC